AUGUCUGAGGAACAGGAUGAGGACUAUGAUGAUAACCUGAACUUCUCACUCGGACUAGCCCACUGCUUGGAUCGAGUUUUGUGUUUUCCUCCACGACACUGCUCGCUUUUCCUCGGUAUAUUCUUGAUGUACAUUUUCAACAUGAGAUUCCUGCAAUCAAUAUUUGUAAAGGCCAAAAAGAGCCACAGGAUGAAGUAUGCUCUUCGAUGUUUGCUCCUCUUACCCCUAGUGUUGUGUAUCAUCUUGUUCUCUGCACCAUCCAUAAGGAUAGCGAUAGGGCUGCUCCCAAUGGAUAAGUGCAGCUUGCAGAGUGGAAAGAUGCUUCUUCUGGACAGCAGCGUGGAUGCCACCCUCAGUGUGCAAUCCAGGAGUGAUGUCCAGACUUGCACCAAAUGGAAAGCGCCGAUUAUUUGGGAGGGAAUGUUUGAUGCAAGACUUUUUGACGAGGCUCACAAAAGGAAAGGCUCAUCUGUGGCUCUGACAGUGUUUGCAGUGGGAAAAUACCUUGACGCUUACCUGGAGAUCUUCCUUAACUCCUCUGAGAAGCACUUCAUGUUGGGGCUUCGCGUUACCUACUACGUUUUCACGGACACACCCGAAAAGGUCCCCUCCAUUCUGCUCGGCCCAAAUCGCAGUCUGAAAGUCAUCAGAGUUGACCGCCAUUCUCGCUGGCAGGACAUUUCCAUGAUGCGUAUGCAAACUAUAUCCGACCUCAUUGAGGGAGAAAUUCGUCACAAUUUCACCCAUGUUUUCUGCUUUGACGUGGAUCAAAAGUUCAGUGAGAGAUUUGGGUCUGAGGCACUGGGCGAUUCUGUGGCCCUCCUCCACGCGUACUUCUACCGACUGCCCAAGAAGAUGUACACGUACGAUCGCAAUCCCCUAUCAAAGGCCUACAUGGAGCAGGGAGAUUUCUACUACCACGCUGCAGUCUUUGGAGGUACGUGGAGAAAUGUGAAGGCCAUUACAGACGCCUGCUACAAAAGUAUUGUGGAGGAUAAGGAGAACGGUGUAGAGGCAAUCUGGCACGACGAAAGCCAUCUGAAUAAAUAUUUCUGGCUGAACAAACCUAGCCGGGUGCUCUCUCCUGAAUACUGCUGGGAUGACAAUAUCCGAUACAGAACUGACGUAUUAGUGAAGAGGCUACUGUGGGCACCCAAAGACUACGAACACCUUCGAAUUAAUAAAUAA